AAUUUGAAACUGCGGAAACUCUUCUGAAUUCAGAAGUACAUAUGCUUCUUGAGCAUCGUAAGCAACAGAACGAGAGUGCGGAAGAUGAGCAGGAGCUUUCGGAAGUCUUCAUGAAAACCUUGAACUACACGGCUCGCUUCAGCCGCUUCAAAAACCGCGAAACCAUUGCCAGUGUCCGUAGUUUGCUGCUCCAGAAAAAGCUCCAUAAAUUUGAAUUGGCAUGUUUGGCUAACCUGUGUCCUGAGACAGCUGAGGAAGCGAAAGCUUUGAUUCCUAGCCUGGAGGGCCGAUUUGAAGAUGAGGAAUUGCAGCAGAUUCUUGAUGACAUUCAGACUAAACGCAGCUUCCAGUAUUAAGGUUCACCCUUAACUCCCCUUCAUCUGAACAGAAAAACCUGGGAACUUUGUUUCUCAGCCCCCUGGACCAAUCCAGCCCCCAGCUGAGUAAGGGGA